AUGUCUAUACCAAAAGCGGUAACCCUGAGCUACACUCAGGCUUACCAUGCGGCGCUGCAUAGGGAGUCCCUGCAGAGCUUACCUUGUCCUUCGCUCCCGCGAUGUGUCCCCUGCAGCGUCCCCAGCCAUCUCCUCCGGCUGAUGCCGGCAUCCGGCUCCUGUGUUCCGGUCCCUGUGACGUCGGGACGUACGCCGGCGGGAAAUUUUAAAAUUUUAAAAAAAUGUUUUUUUUUCAAAACGAUUUUACAUAUGCUUUGCCCUGUGCCCUGUCUGCAUUUUGACUGUUAUUUC